CCUUCAACAAAAUGGUUCAAAAGCAUCGUUCAGCUUCGAAAGCCACCUUAGCCAAGGAUGUGAGUCCAAUGCGGGUUAUGGCGGUCAACAAGAAAGCGCUCGCCUCGAGUCCCGCCACCAAUACGGCCGCACGCCUUAGUUUGCCUACAGCAGCAGCAAGCAGCAAGAAUGCAGACAAGUGGAAAUACAACAACAUGGUGAAUAACCAACGUGAGCUCUUCAAUAAUUUGCAUUUCUACUGAGUGAACCUGGGCUCGCUUCCUAGGGGACGCUAAAAUUUAAAUAUGAUUCUGCAAUACUCAUCAUCGUUGUAAGAUCUACAGCAAAAGUUCAUUUUUCAAUGGUUGAAGGGCAUACGCAUGAAAAAUGACAGGAACGCCUAUUCAUGUUGUAGGUUUCAAUUAUAAAUGUCUUCAGUUAAAAAGCUAUUAACAGUAAGAUCUCCAACAAAAGUUUGGUUUUCAACGGAUAAAGAGCAUAUGAACGAAUAAUUACAUGAAACGAUAUUCACGUUGUAGUGUAGCUAGAUUUCAUUAAAUAAAUUAAAAGU